CGAGAGGUUGUACAUUAAACGACCGUUCGCCCUACAUACAACAGGCCCCCAACAAUCCAAGAAAGUAAGGAACAGAACAGGAAUUAGUUGGCACAUUUUCAAAACGACCUGUUCAAAAAUGGCCAAUGUUGAAAUAGAAAGGACAGAAAAGACGGACUUGAACGAGUUUUGAAGUUCCUUUGAUGUGAGAGGUGUGAAUUUCCAGUGAGUGCAGUUUUUUGGGAUCACCAACAUGGAGAGAAGUUUCGUGUGUUUUAUUUGUGGCAAAGUGCUGGAAAAACUGAGUGCUUCAUCCGUGCUUCAUAUGGGACUCGCGGAUGGAGAUCCCGUGUGUCCCAAAGCAUUCUCGAUCGAUGAAACCAGCCAGGAAUUCAUUCGGAGUGUCGCUUCUCGGGACGAUCUGAACACCUUGGAACGAUACGAAACCUUACAGUCCAUGAACCUCAAACAUGAAUUUGCGUAUCAGGCCGAUUACGAGAGUACAAAUGCAUUUCUCGAAGCCAUGGAAAGUACGGCGACCAAAACAGUGCUCGAAGUGCCAGUGGUCCAUGAAGAGGAAACAAAUCAUGGCCAUCAAUUAAACGACAUUGCAAAAGAGACACCCGGGACAACCCUAUCAUCGUCAUCACCAUCACCAUCGCCAUCAAUUCAACAGGGAAAAGAAGAAGAGGAGGAGGAGGAGGAGGAAGAGGAGGAGGAGGAAGAAGAAGAAGAAGAAGAAGAAGAAGAAGAAGAAGAAGAAGAAGAAGAAGAAGAAGAAGAAGAAGAAGAAGAAGAAGAAGAGGGAGAUGAGAAUGCUGCAAAUCAGAUUGUUGAUGAAGCAAACGAGGACAAUGAACCUAAAGAAGUUGACGAGUACCAAUCUCAAGCAGAUGAAAUUUGUGAUGAAAUCGAAGUGAAUACCACAACAAUCAAUACGCCUCUGUAUGAUCAUUCCGACAUUGAUUCCAGCGAGCUAUUCUUUGCGCUCGAAGUCAAGGACUUGGAAAUGGUCAAGCAGAUUGUUUCACGUGGAGGGAAUCAAACCCUUCUGGUCAAGAACAAGUGCGGAAUGUCUGCCAUGCAUUGUGCCGCCCAAUUUGGCUUCCUAGAAUGCAUAGAAUGGAUGAUUGACGCCCUGUUCAUACCGGUUGCCAUUGAGGACAAUCACGGCUGGACCCCGCUCCAUUAUGCCGCAUCAAAUGGUCAUGUUCCUGUGGUGGAAACAUUACUGCUCUACGGCAGCCCAAGCUUGCCCGAUGAGAAAGGAAAUACUCCGCUUGAUGUUGCAUUGGAAGCCAAUGAAUUUAAGAUUGCCAACUUACUUAAAACCCAUCAGCAACAGCAACAUAACGGAAUUCCCCAAACCAUGAUCCAGUCAAGAAAUGAGCAGGCGUUUUAUUUGCAUCCGCAAAAAAACGAGGGAGAUACAUUAGGUGACGAAGACUCUUCAUAUGAGAAUCUUAGGUUUCUUUUAAGCCCAUCGGCCAAUGAUUUGCACAAUGUUAAAACUAAUGAUAUGUUGCCGUGUUACACCACUUACGAACUAAACAGAAAGCAAAUAUCUGCAAGACGAUCAUUUUAUCUUCAUACCAAACAUUCCUCUACUGAAAAAUCCCAGGAAAACCAAAGGUCAAUUGUCCAUGUGUACGAAACAGUUCAUGAUGGGUGUGAUUCGCCCACUGAUUCGAGUGAAGAUGGUUACUCCUACCAACCCCAACCAUCGACAAUUAGUGACAAUAUGGUUCCCGAUUCCGAAGACUCAAUUUCUGCUUGUCAACAAGAGUUCCCGAGGUCCCCGUCUCAAUCGUCGACGAACUUGCACUACGAAUACUCUUCUAUAUCGUCGACUCCUUCACCGGUAUCAUCUGCCAAUGCUUCAGACACCCCUCAGCGGUCACCGCCCCCAUCCCCGCAGUCCAGCCCCGACUCUCCUCCUGCUCCCCCAAAAUCACAAAUACCCCCUCCUCCUCUUUUCAAACCGCCUCCGCCACCGCCUUCUGUAGGAUCUUCUAGCCAAUCAUCACCAAACCUUGCGCCACCACCACCACCUCCACCGCCGCCACCACCACCGCCGCCGCCGCCACCACCAAAGAAGAAAAUAGAUAGGCAAUAUUCAGAGCCUUGCACUUCAACAAGGGUCGAUUCGAAAAAUAUGACAAGGCCCUUUGUUCCACCAAGCUUUCCCGUUAGACGUGAGCAAGACAACUUCCUAAUAAAGCCUUCGGAAUACCUGAAGACUUUAAAGGGCAGCGACAUCCAGAAACAAAUGUCACCUGAAAGAAUGGAAAAGGACCAAACCGAUUUACAAACGGGAUCACUUUCAAUCAGACGCAGGGCAGACGAAAUAAGAGAUUCCAGAUUUAAAGAUGACGAAGAGCCUUCGACCAUGACUUCGCUUACUCAUGCCGGAGCAAAUGUCCCAACCAAUAUACCUCACAAGUCUCUGCCCAGCCAACACCGCUUGAGAACGAGGAAAUCAUCCUCGCCAUCACCAUCACCAGAGCCGUCUUCUCCACCCCCUCCUCCUCCUCCACCUCCACUAACCCAUUCAGCAACCGAUCCAAUGCUCACAAAACAACCAUCGACUAUGCCCACUCCUCCUCCUCCACCCCCACCACCCCCACCUCCGUCUGUUUCAACGAAAUCUGAAGUGCAAUCGCCCACCAAACCCAUUUUGAGGAUUAACGUUGAAGACCUCGGAGCAAUCCAAUUAAAGACAGUUUCAUCCAGCGCAAAAAAUGCAAAAAACGCAGAGGAGUUACGUUGUUCCUUAUCCCCGCAAAGUGGAACAAUUCCAAAGAAUGAUCUUAUUGCUGAAUUGAAGUUGUCGCAUAAUUUGGGAGGAGUCUCCAAGCUGAAAAACGAGCAAUCAAAGAUCAAAGAAAAAAAGGAGAAACAGAAAUUUGAAGUCCUUCUGUCGCAAUUUACGGUUGAAAAUUAUAUGGACAAGGUCCCUUUGAAAGAGGGCGACGAGGAGCUCCCUACAUGGAAGAGAGAACUUAUGGCAAAAAAAGCUGCUGAACAAGCCAAACGCUUAGCCAUUGAAAACUAUAUGUAUGAAGAGGAGAAAAGGAAACUUGAUUCCAUUCCCGACUGGAAAAGAAAGCUCAAGCAAAAAAAGGACAUUGAAAAAGGGGCCGAAACUAUCAAGCAGAGAGAAAAGGAAAGGAAGAAGAAGUUGAUCUGCAGACUUUGAUGUUAUUUCAUUUUUCCUCUCUUGAGUGAAGAAAAAUUUAUUUCCCUUGGGAAAUUUGUUUCUGAUAUUUAUGUCAAUAAAGUUAUGUACAUUUUCACUUAA